AUGUUUAAUGAAUUUAUAAAAGUGAAUGGUAAAAAUGGUCAAUUAUUUAUAACUAUUGGAAAGUUUAUAUCAUUACAAGUUCAACCAUGGAUGGCAAUGAUGAUAGGUGUAUUUUUAAUAAUAGCGGUAUUUAGAGUUUAUGAAUAUAUAUCAUCAGGAGAAUGGAGGAAUAAAAACACUACAAAUUUAAAGAGACGUAAAGAUAGUAUUGGUGAUCCACUAUUAAUGAUUAGGCAAAUGAUUAAUACUAAACCAAAAAGAUUUAAUGAUAUUUUCCCAGAAGAGUUAAAAGAGUUGGCAAAAAGAAGAGUGAAUGUAUUAAAAGAGAAAGAUCCAUUUCAAAUCUCUAAAUUGUUUCCAGCAUAUGCUCUAUUAAAUUCCUCAAAGAGUUCAUUCAAUAGAAAAUCUAAUCUUGCAAAUUCUACCUCUUCAACACCACCUCUUGCAAAUAAAAAAUCAAAGAAAUCUCAAGUUGUAUUUCAUACACCACAGCCAUUAAAUUCAAGUUCAAUCAUAAAUGAACCAUCACCAUUAUUCCUUUCACCAAAUAAUAUUAUUACUACUGAUGCUAAUGAUACAACAACAACAACAACAACAGCAACAACGACUUCAACAAUUUCAACAAAUGAAAUUAAACAAUUAAAUAAUACAAACCCAAAUAAUAAUAUUAAUCCUCAAAUUAAUAAUAAUAAUAAUAAUAAUAAUAAUAAUAAUAAUAGUGGAGGUGGUGAUUUUAAUAAAUUAAAUUAUAAUUCUACCCAAUUAAAAAUUAAUACAAGUGUUGGUAUUGGUAAUGUAAAUAAUAUACCAGAAACUUAUGAUAAUGAUGAUAAUAAUGAAAAUAGUAAUAAAAAUAAAAAAGUAGAUAGAGUUGAUGAAAAAGUGAAUAAAGAUGAAUUAUUACCAAGUCCUCAAUCAUUGCGUAGUACUUGGAAUGGUGCAUCCAAUGCAAAUUCAUCAACAACAGCAAAUAAUACAACAUUAAAUGAAUUACCAUUUAUUGAGGAUUAUUCAGAUGAUGAAGUAUUAGAUUCAGCAUCAACAUUAUCAGGUAUAAGUAAAAAGAGUGAUAAUACUAUAGGAUCUACAAGUACAAUAGGAACUACAAAUACAACAGGAACGAAUAAUACAACCACCACAGCAUCAUCAUCAUCACCAUCCUAUUCAACAUUACAUAAUAGUGGAUAUAAUCAAAAGGUAACCCCAUCAGUUAAUUUUGGAUUAGUUGGAUUAGCAUUAUCAGGUGGUGGAAUUAGAUCAGCAACUUUUAAUUUAGGAUUACUUCAAGCAUUAUCAAAACAUAAAUUAUUUAAAAAGAUUGAUUAUCUAUCUACUGUAUCGGGUGGUGGAUUCAUAGGAUCAUGUUUAAUAUCAUUAUUAAGUGAGGGUACCUAUACGACCGAGUGGCAUAAUUUCCCAUUUCAUUAUGGUAGAGGAUUAAAAGAGGGUACACCAUUAACUCAUUUAAGAAGUAGCGCAAACUAUUUAGCCAAUGGUAUUUUCGAAUUCUUAUUAUUUCCAGUAUUGAUUCUACGUGGUAUUGUUUUAAAUCUAAUUUCAAUAUUUCCAUUUGUUUGGGCAUUACUAUUGUUUGAAAGAUACGUUCCAGUUCAAUUUGGUGAAGGUUAUCAUGUUUCAUUAAGAAUAGGUUGGAAUCUAUUAAUUCAUAUUAUCAUUUUCCCAAUUAUUUCAAGACCAAAAGUUACCAUACCGGUAUUGGUUGGUUUCGUCUUUUUCUACUAUGGUGAACUUUCAAAGUAUUUCUCAAAAAUUUCAAAUAUCGAUUUGGGUAUAUCAAUAAUGUUACAUUUAUAUUUAAAUUUCCCAAUGUUAUUCAAAAAGGAAGGUAGCAAAGUUUGGUAUGAUCGAUCAUUUGGUUGGUUAUUUAUAGUUUUGAUUGCUGGCGCAUUCGUUGAAUCAUUACCUUUAAUAGAAGUGGUUUAUACCUAUUAUUUUGGUGGAUCAAGUUCAACAUCAUUUAGAGUUUAUCCAUUGAUAUCAUUGUUUGCAUUGAUAUUAGCAGAUUCCUUAGCAUUCACUCUAUUGACAAAUCCAAAACUUUCACCUUGGAAACGUUUAGUAUUUCAUAUUAUAGUUAGUGUGAUUGGUCCAAUUCUAUUGAUUCUAACUUAUUUGGAAUUAAGUGUUUGGUUAGAUUCAAGUUGUCCAUUGUUUGGUAUUGGAAAUGGUAUGUGUUUUUUCAUAUCAUUAUUAAGUUUCUUUAGUUUGGAUAUAAAUGAAACAUCAAUGCAUAAAUAUUAUCGUGACCGUCUAAGUAAAGCAUAUAUGUUUAGCAUCAAGAAUGGUAGAUUUAGACCUUAUGGUGGUGAGAAAAUUUCAAGAUUAAAUAGAAGAUCCGUUGCACCCUAUCUUUUGGUUAAUACAACUUUAAAUUCAGUUAGUAAUAGUGAUGGAUUAGAGUUACCAAAUUCUCGUGGUUCAGAUUUCUUUAUUUUCUCUCAACAUUAUUGUGGUAGUGAAUCGAGUGGUUAUAGAUCAACCGAACAAAUGGAACGUUUAGAUAGAAGAUUAGAUUUAGCAACUGCCGUCUCAAUAUCUGGUGCUGCCGUUGGAACUAAAAUGGGUACUGCUACAAUUCCAACUUUGGUCAUGUCAUUGGGUAUCCUAAAUAUUAGAUUGGGAUAUUGGUUACCAAAUCCACUUGGUAUCUUUCUUAGUCAUCCAGUAUUGGGUAGAGUAUUUUAUGGUGGGUUUGCAUGUUAUCAUUUAGUCAAAGAAUUUGGUUGGACUCCAAUGACAAGUAAAGAUUGGUGUAUCAAUCUAAGUGAUGGUGGCCAUAUCGAAAAUUUAGGUGCUUAUGAAUUAAUUAAACGUCGUUGCAAAUUCAUUAUUAUCAGUGAUUCGGAAGCUGAUCCUGAUAUGACAUUCCCUUCAAUGGCUCAGUUAAUGAGAUUGGUUAGAAUCGAUUUUGGUAUAAAUAUUCAAAUUAAUUUAGAUGAUAUUAGAAGAUCACCUACAACUGGUUAUAGUAAAAAACAUUGGACUGUUGGUAAAAUUAUUUAUCAAAAAAAGAAAAGUGGAUUUUCACAUGAUACUCAUAAUUAUCAUCAUAAUGAAAAUGAAAAAUCAAAUAAAACUAGUAGUAAUAGUAAUAAUAAUAAUAAUAAUUAUAAUAAUAAUAAUAAUCAAAAUAAUAAUCAUCAAAAUUCUUAUGAAAAUGAUCCACCAUCAGGAGAAGUAGGUUAUAUACUUUAUAUUAAAUCAUCAUUAACUGGUGAUGAAGAUGAAAUUAUUAAAGAAUAUCAAUCUCAACAUCCAUCAUUCCCUCAUGAAUCAACAACUGAUCAAUUCUUUACAGAGGCUCAAUUUGAAUCUUAUAGAAGUUUAGGUUAUCAUAUUGGUGGUUCUUCAUUGUUUGGUCCAAAAUAUAAUCGUCUAUUUGAUGGUGAGAAUUUACAAGAUUUCUUUGAAAAGAUUUAUUUAUCUUGUAAUGGUGAAUUACCACACGGUUGGAAAGAAAAAACUGAUGGUGUUGGUACAAAAUAUUUUGUUCAAGAGGAGCAUAAUAAACAAACUUUUAUGGAUCCAAGAAUAAAUAAAAAAGUUUAA